CUGCCAAUGCCACCCAACCGAUCUUCAGUACGGAGGAAAGUCAACCAGACACAACACACAUACACGAACCCUACACACCGAAACGACUACAACCCCAGCUAUGCCUCCAAAAGCAGAUGUCAACCGCUCCGGUCGCGAAACCGCCGACUUUCCGUCGGUCUGCGAAAACUGUCUCGGCACGAACCCUUACAUCCAGAUGAUCAAAGAAGAGUCGGGGAUGGAAUGCAAGAUCUGCACGCGUCCCUUCACCGUUUUCCGCUGGAGCGUCGACCGAACUGUCCGUAACAAGAAAACCAACAUCUGUCUUACGUGUGCGCGAUUGAAGAACUGCUGCCAGUGCUGCAUGCUGGAUCUGUCGUUCGGACUGCCGAUCGCGAUUCGAGACGCCGCGUUGAAGCUUGUCGCCCAGGGCCCCCAGAGCGAUAUCAACAAACAGUACUAUGCCCAGAAUCAUGAGGGCGAACUGAAGGAUGGGGAUGUGCCGGAGGAGUACGAGAAGACCGAUCGCGCGGCUAGGGACCUGUUGAAGAGACUGGCGAAUAGUGAGCCCUACUACAAGCGACGAAAAGGGGAUGAUGGCGAGAGUUCGAGUGCCGGCUCUGGAGAGCAGAAAAGACUUACAGGCGGUCCGGGACCGGUGAGAAAUCAGCGAGGAGGCGGUGCUGGCGGAGGAGGAGGAGGAGGAGGCGGUAGAGGCGGUGCAGGUGGACGUGGUGGUGCGAGAGGUGGUAGGGGAGGAGGAAGAGGCGGGAGAUUCCCGAAUGCCAAUCAACUUCCGCCUGGACCUGGGGAUAUUGCACCACCUGAAGACCAGAGCAUCACAUCAUUGUUCCUCAUGGGAGUGGAAGAUGAUCUUGCCGAACACCACAUCCGCACCUUCUUCUCCGCUUUCGGUCAGAUCAAAAGCAUCGUCUGUGUUCACCGUUCGCGAUGUGCAUUCGUCAACUUCGGUAGCCGCACCGGUGCCGAGGCUGCGGCGGAAUCGUGUCAAGGCAAAGCCGUCAUUGGUGGUUGUCCGCUCAGGAUUCAAUGGGGAAAGCCAAGACCGCUGGGCAACAUCGACCGUUCGCAGGCGGCAAGUAUUGGCAGGUCCUCAGGCAAUAAUGCGGCGCCGGUCGAGCGGGAGGCCGGGGAGAAGCCCCAGGAGAGACGCGUUCAAUCAUUGAAUUUUGUCAUUGCGAAGCCGCCAGGCGAGGAAGAUGAUGCCAAGUACCCGAGUCAAAUCAAUGCCUAGGGCGGGCGUUGAGAAGAGUUUACUAUGCUGUUAUAUUGUAUCGCGAUGUUUCAUGCCUGCCUGUUUGGUCUUUCAUACGAUAAUGCUUUGGUCCGGUACAUGCUUAGGUAGGGCGUUGGGGAAUCGAUGCAUUGUCAUUUAGCCAUAAUAGAUGUAGGAUACUGAUGGAUUCAUGCAAUGAAGGCUGCGCUUGAUGAUA